AUGAAUUAUAGUUUAAACAUCCAAAUUUUUACAACAUGGAUAAUCUUGUUUAUUUUUUGCAUUUUUCCUUCUUUAUGCUUUGAUCCAAAAAAUGAAACAGAUAAUUUCAACAAUGAAAUAUUUAGUAAAUAUCUAGGAAAGGGAUAUGAUAUUUUGUUUGGAUAUCCAUUACCAAAUAACGAACUUAUAGAAGAUCCAGGAAUUAGAGAAGUUAUAUUAGAUACAACAAAUACUAUAAAUGUGAUACAGGACUUUACCUGUAAAAAAGACGAAUAUUUAAAUGUUAUAGAAAGUAUCAAUGAUGUUAUGGAUCUAGCAAUGGAAAACAUAAAUAUUGACGAUCUUGAUACAAAUAUAAGACCAUUUUCAGCAUCUAUGCCAUAUGCAAGUUAUUUUACAGAUUUAGAGAUAAAAAAAAAAAAAUAUGCAAUUGCACAAAAUACAUGUUUACAUAGUUACGCCUCACUUAAUUUAAGAGAAUCUACAAAAACUAUGAAUAAGAAUUUUUUAUUGGAUACAGAAAAAUUACCUGUCUUAUCAAAUAAAAAAGAAGAUAAAUGCUCAAAAAUAUUAUAUCUUUAUGAUCCGAACAAUGAGUAUUGUUUAAAUUCUAUAAAACCGUGGAUUGAAUUUUUCCAAAAAUAUGGAACACAUUUACUACUAUCAGCCCAUUUCGGAGGAAAAUCAUUUAAUUCUUUAGAAAUUACAAUGCAAAAAUCAGAAGAAAUAAAGAUAUAUAAAUAUAAAUAUUCCAUUGGAAAUGUUCCAUAUUUAAAUAUAUUUAAGGCCCCAUCAUUAGUGCUAGAUAUUAUUGAGACAAAAAUAAACAGAAAACUUGAUUUAAAAAAAAAAGAAAUUCAAAAUAAAAAAGAAAUUAAUCUAGAUAUUAGAGGAGGAAACUCUUUUGACGGGAAAUGGAACGAAUUAACAUAUGAAAUUUGGAAAAGUUCCAUUUACUCAAACUUUGUUCCUGUUUAUCUUGAUUUAGUUUCAUUAAGUUCCUUUAUGAGUAAAAAUAAAAAGGAAUCUUAUGACAUUGCAUUAUUAUAUUAUAAUAACCUAUAUGGAACAGAUAAAGAAAAUUUAUAUCUGUCUCAAAAUAUAACGGAUGUAUUUUCAAAAGGAAAGCAAAUUACAGGAUCAGGUAAAGGGUCUUUAAUUUUAAGUUGUCCUGUUGGAUAUAUUAAAAGUACCGGGUUUAUUUUUUUUUAUGAUACUUCUGAAAAAUUAAAAAAUCUUAAAAAUGGGGAACCAAGAAUAAACAUUUAUCCCUGCCAUAAUAAAGGAGAAUAUGACAUUUCAUGCUCAUAUACAACCAAAAAUGAUAAUAUUAUUAGUUUUGGGUGGAUAUAUUGUGUAAAGCACAGCUUUAUAAAAUUUGAAACAAUUUACAAAGGAAGCAUUAGCCAAAAAGAAAAAUCAUUAGAUAUUAAAUGCUCUGAAGGAAACACUAUAGCGUUUGGAUUUAAGAUGAAAUUAAAAAAAAAAGAAAAUUUAGAAAAAAUAAAGGUUAAGCCAUGUAAUGUUGGAAAUAGUAACUGUUCUAUACAUGAAACAAAAAAUGAUUCAGAUUAUUUAUUGUGGGGAUUUUGUGUACCAUUAUCCUUUCAAACAAUUAGCUCCUUACAAGUAACAUACAUUUCUGAAAAAAAUGUAACUACUGAUGUAAGUGGAACCUGUUCAGAUAUUUAUAUAAAUAAAAAUGACAACAUUUUUUUAGGUUUUACCUUUUCUUUUAAUAAUGAUAUAGAAAAAGUAAAAACAUCUUCAUGUAAGGCUAACUCGAAAAUUUGCAUUAGUAAAAUAAAUAAAAAAAAUGAAAAACAUUAUAUUGGAAUGUUUCUACUAUGUAGAUACGAUGGAAAUCAAAAAAAAAAAUUUAAAUAUCAAUGA